UUGCUUCUCAAAACGCAAGCCAUUUUCCUGCUCUCCCCAUUGUAUACUGCUCUGUUGUAAGAACUAGAAAAGCGCAGUCUCUUCGAUAUUCUCUAUCUUCUAUCGGAAGAAAUCUGCAAGACCUAAGCAAACAGCACCUUCGAUUGAUAAGGCAGACGUUUAUAUAGAUCUCAGAUCCAACGGGGAUCUAUGGAGAGUUUGGCGCAACUAGAGGCAUUAUGUGAGAGGCUAUACAAUUCCCAGGACUCAGCAGAACGAGCUCAAGCUGAGAACACCUUGAAAUGCUUCUCCGUGAAUACAGACUACAUUUCACAAUGUCAAUACAUUCUUGACAAUGCAUUGACUCCUUAUGCAUUGAUGCUUGCUAGCUCCAGUUUGUUGAAGCAAGUCACUGAGCAUAGCCUUGCACUGCAGCUUCGCCUUGAUAUCAGGAAUUAUCUUAUUAACUAUCUGGCCACAAGAGGACCCAAGUUGCAGUCAUUUGUUACUGUGUCUUUGAUUCAACUCUUAUGUCGUCUUACGAAGUUUGGAUGGUUUGAUGAUGAUAGAUUCCGCGAUGUGGUUCAAGAGUCCACAAAUUUCUUAANNCAGGCAACAUCAGACCAUUACACCAUUGGUUUGAAGAUUCUGAAUCAACUUGUGUCUGAGAUGAACCAGCCUAUUCCGGGAUUGCCUUCAACACAUCAUCGAAGAGUUGCUUGCUCUUUCAGGGAUCAAGCACUUUUUCAAGUAUUCCAGAUAUCUUUGACAUCAUUGCGUCAACUUAAAAAUGAUGCUGCAAUUCGUUUACAAGAGUUGUCACUCUCUCUUGCGCUUAAAUGUUUGUCCUUUGAUUUUGUUGGGACAUCAAUUGAUGAAAGCUCAGAGGAGUUUGGUACAGUCCAGAUCCCAUCAUCUUGGAGACCGGUGUUAGAGGAUUCAUCUACACUGCAGAUAUUUUUUGACUACUAUGCUAUCACAAUGGCCCCUCUUUCAAAGGAGGCAUUGGAGUGCUUGGUAAGGCUGGCUUCUGUGAGACGUUCUUUGUUUACAAAUGACGCUGCACGCUCAAAGUUUCUAGCCCAUUUGAUGACAGGAACAAAAGAAAUUCUACAAACAGGAAAAGGUCUUUCUGAUCAUGAUAAUUACCAUGAAUAUUGUCGUCUUCUUGGGCGUUUCCGUGUGAACUAUCAGUUAUCAGAGCUGGUGAAUGUUGAAGGCUAUAGUGAUUGGAUACAAUUGGUGGCAGAGUUCACGCUAAAAUCUUUGCAAUCUUGGCAGUGGGCUAGCAGCAGUGUAUACUACCUUCUAGGACUGUGGUCCAGAUUGGUGACAUCUGUUCCAUACUUGAAGGGUGACGCACCAAGUUUGCUUGAUGAAUUUGUUCCUAAGAUCACAGAAGGUUUCAUCACAUCUAGGUUCAACUCCGUGCAGGCUGGGUUCCCAGAUGAUCUUUCUGAGAAUCUGUUAGACAAUGUUGAAUUGUUACAGGACCAGUUAGAUUGCUUUCCAUACCUUUGCAGAUUCCAGUAUGAACGUUGUGGUCUAUAUAUAAUAAACAUAAUGGAGCCGAUUCUGCAAUCCUACACGGAAAGAGCACGAGUGCCCACCAACGAUAAAACUGAACUUUCUGUUAUUGAAGCAAAACUAUCUUGGAUUGUACAUAUUAUUGCUGCUAUUCUCAAAAUAAAACAAUGCAGUGGUUGUAGUGUGGAGUCGCAGGAAGUGCUUGAUGCAGAACUUUCUGCUCGUGUUUUACAGUUAAUUAAUGUAACAGAUAAUGGGCUACACAGCCAGAGGUAUGGUGAACUAAGCAAGCAAAGGCUUGAGCGAGCAAUUCUCACAUUUUUUCAGCAUUUCCGGAAGUCUUACGUUGGUGAUCAGGCCAUGCAUUCAUCUAAACAGCUAUAUGCACGAUUGUCUGAACUUCUUGGUCUUCAUGAUCACCUAUUAAUAUUGAAUCUAAUUGUUGGGAAGAUUGCCACAAAUUUAAAGUGCUAUACCGAGGUAAUUAUUUUAUUCUUGUUUUGUGUUUUACUUAUAUGAUUGAUAAAUUACAAAGUUAAAAUGCUUAUUCAUAGCGAGGAGGUCGUUGAUCACACAUUAAGUUUGUUCUUGGAACUGGCAUCGGGAUAUAUGACUGGGAAGCUGCUUCUAAAGCUCGAUACUGUGAAAUUUAUUGUUGCGAAUCACACUAGGGAGCACUUUCCUUUCUUAUAAGAAUAUAGAUGCUCUCGCAGCAGAACAACUUUCUAUUACACUAUCGGCUGGAUAAUCUUUAUGGGCAGCCCUGUGAAGUUCAAGUCCUCAAUGGAACCGCUUUUGGUCUUUCGUAGUUUGGAGUCAACACCUGAUUCGCUAUUCCGCUCUGAUGCUGUAAAGUAUGCAUUAAUUGGAUUAAUGAGGGAUCUCAGAGGAAUUACCAUGGCCACAAACAGUCGCAGAACAUACAGUCUUUUGUUUGAUUGGCUAUAUCCUGCACAGAUGCCACUUCUCUUGAAGGGCAUCUCACACUGGACCGACACACCAGAGGUUACGACCCCAUUGUUAAAAUUCAUGGCUGAGUUUGUGUUAAACAAAAGCCAACGGCUGACAUUUGAUUCAUCUUCUCCUAAUGAUCUUCUUUUCCGGGAAGUCAGUAAAUUAAUCGUAGCUUAUGGGACAAGGAUUUUAUCUCUUCCAAAUGCCGCUGAUAUAUAUGCAUACAAAUACAAAGGAAUAUGGAUUUCAUUAACUAUUCUGUCAAGAGCCCUUUCUGGAAACUAUGUCAACUUUGGUGUGUUUGAACUAUAUGGUGAUAGAGCACUCUCCGAUGCACUUGACAUUGCUUUGAAGAUGACACUAUCAAUUCCAUUGGCUGAUAAAUUAGCAUAUAGAAAGCUUACAAGGGCCUACUUCGCAUUCUUGGAGGUUUUGUUCAGUAGUCAUAUUGCUUUCAUAUUGAAUCUGGAUACCACUACUUUUAUGCAUCUUGUAGGUUCCCUUGAAUCUGGGCUUAAGGGCCUAGAUACAAAUAUCUCGUCCCAGUGUGCUUCAGCUGUUGAUAAUUUAGCUGCUUUCUACUUUAACAACAUUACUAUGGGUGAGGCACCUACUUUGCCUGCUUCAGUCAAUCUUGCCCGGCACAUUGCAGACUGUCCCAAUUUGUUUCCAGAGUCGAGCUUGAAUAUUAAAUUGAAUAAGUCAGAAAUGGUGAAGUUGGGAGAUAAGAGGGAUUAUGGGAAACAGGCUAGUGUUUUGGGUUGCAGAACUGUGAAGCUACCGAUUAAGUACCUUGGCCCCCCGUUGGGUUUUGAAAUAUAA